AUGUGUAGCAAUUCACACCCGAACUUCAGCAUCGCCGCCGCCGCCGCCGACGAGGAGCUCGGAGACACCAUGAACUGCUGCCCGCCGGACCUCACCGACAAUGUCGGUGACGUGAUUAAACGGGCCCUGGCUAAAAUUUUAGUCCAUUUUUACCCCCUCACGGGGAAUUUGAGGGUCAGCUCGGAUGGUAAGCUCAUCGUGGAGUGCACGAAUCGUGGCGUGCCAUUUGUCGAAGCUGAGGCAGAUUGUAACAUGGAUGUGCUUGGAGAUAUAACUGUUCCUGAUCCGGGGAUGUUGGGAAAGCUGGUUUACACUGUUCCUGGAGCCAAACACAUUUUGGAAAUGCCUCUGCUUACUGCACAGGUGACAAGGUUCAAGUGUGGAGGUUUUGUGCUAGGAAUGACAAUAAACCAUUGCAUGACUGAUGGAAUAUCAGCCAUGGAGUUUGUCCAUUCAUGGGCAGAAACAGCAAGAUCCAAAACCCUAACCCUCCCACCGUUUCUCGAUCGAACCAUACUCCGAUCAAGAGAACCUCAUUCGAUCAAAUACCCUCACAAAGAAUUCCAAGAAAUAACUGACACAUCAAACAUGUCCACCCUCUACCAAGAAGAUCAAUUGGUGUACAAUUCAUUCCAAUUUAAUCAGGAAAAAAUAGCCAGGCUAAAAAAGACCGCCAUGGAGGAUGGUAUUAUCAAAAACUGCACGACCUUCACCGUGCUUACAGCUUUGGUCUGGCGUGCAAGAACCAAAGCCCUUAAAAUGAAACCAAACCAGCAAUCCAAGCUUUUAUUUGCUGUCGAUGGGAGAUCCAAACUCAACCCGCCAUUGCCAAAAGGUUACUUUGGCAAUGGCAUUGUUCUGACGUGUUGUAUAUGCAAUGCAUCAGAAUUAAUAGAAAAGCCAUUGAGUUUCGCGGUGGCGCAUGUGCAGAACGCGAUUAAAAUGGUGACAGAAGGGUUUAUUAGAUCGGCGAUUGAUUAUUUUGAAGUGACUAGGGCAAGACCUUCAUUGACCGCCACACUUUUGGUUACGUCGUGGACUAGGUUGGAUUUUGACACCACGGAUUUUGGGUGGGGGGAGGUGGUGCAAUCAGGUUGCGUGAACUUGCCGGAGAAAGAAGUGGUUUUGCUGCUUUGUAAUGGAAGAGAUACAAAGAUCACCACUUUGCUUCUGGGCUUGCCUAUUACUGCCAUGAAGACCUUUCAAGAGCUUAUGCAAGUUUAGUAUAGUAAUAUUAGGGUUUGUGACAGAAUGCCAUAUAUAAAAUGUUCAUGUAUGUCAAAAUAAUUAUGUUUAAAAGCACACAUUAUAGAAAUAUUUGUUAUUACAAGUAUUUUUGUAAAAAAUUGAAGGAAAAUCUGUGUUCGUAAUUUGAA